CGGCCAUCUUACCUUUGCAUCAGAAAAGCGGCUACAACAUUAAAUCAUGGAUCCAAAAAAACUUGGUGAUUUGGCUGGGCGAUUUAAAGGAACGGCAGGCGCGGGGCUCGGUUUACUUGCAGCAGCUGGAGGUCUUAUUUAUGGAGCGACACACUCGUUUUAUACUGUUGAUGGUGGUCAUAGAGCAAUUAUAUUUAGUAGAAUUAGUGGUGUGAAAAAUGAUAUUUAUGCUGAAGGUCUUCACUUUAGAAUUCCAUGGUUUGAAUAUCCAAUUAUAUAUGACAUCCGAGCUAAACCCAGAAGAAUUACCUCCCCUACUGGUAGUAAAGAUUUACAAAUGGUCAAUAUCUCUCUGAGAGUGUUGUCUAGACCAGAAUCAAGAAAUUUACCCACUAUCUAUAAACAACUUGGUCAAGAUUAUGAUGAACGAGUUCUUCCUUCUAUUUGUAAUGAGGUAUUAAAAAGUGUAGUAGCUAAGUUUAAUGCCUCUCAAUUAAUAACACAACGUCAACAAGUUAGUUUAUUAGUGAGGAGAGAAUUAUUACAGAGAGCUAAAGAUUUUAACCUGAUAUUAGAUGAUGUGUCUAUUACGGAAUUAAGUUUUGGGAGAGAAUAUACAGCAGCCGUUGAAGCCAAACAGGUAGCUCAACAAGAGGCUCAGAAAGCCCAGUUUUUUGUAGAAAAGGCCAAACAAGAAAGACAGCAGAAAGUUGUUCAGGCUGAGGGAGAGGCAGAAGCUGUUAGACUGAUUGGUCAAGCUUUGAGUACAAACCCUGGUUACCUCAAACUAAGAAAAAUCACUGCAGCACAAAAUGUAGCUAGAACAAUUGCCCAAUCCCAGAAUCGUGUGUAUUUGAAUGCUGGUUCUCUAAUGUUGAAUUUGAAUGAGGAUUCCUUUGAUGCUUCGGCUGAUAAGUUGUCUCACAAAAAACGAUAAAAGAAAAAUGGAUUGAUAACACAAAGCCAUCACGACAAUAUAAACUGUUUAUGAGAAGUGUGUUUAACAUAGAGUGAUUGUUAUAUAUGUUGAUUAGUGUAAGAAACAAUGAUGUUAUAUUGUGAUGUUUGAUGACAAUUCUCUUAUGUUGUAAUAACUUCAGUAGGUACAUCUUUAUUGAUUAUUAUUUUUAUUACCAAUGAUAAUCACAAAAUGACUUCGGCUUUGGAACAACAUAGACAUCACACAUAAUAUUUUAUUUGUAAUAUUUAAAGGGACAGAUACGCAAUUGUUUUGAACAACAAAAACUUUUUUUUUUAGAUUAGCCAAUCAGCAUUAUUGUUUACAGCUCUCGCCGUCAAAAUUGAGCCUUCAAAUCCAUGUGUGUCUAGAAUUAUCAGCGUUAAAAAGUUUCUUGCGAAAAUAUAUAGAAAAGACAUCUAUAGAAAUAAGAAAAGAAAUUCCAAGUUUAGGAUAUUUUUAAAGGAAUUAUACGAUUUUCCUACAUUUAUAGUACUUCCGAAGACUAAUUACAUUCAUGGGCGCAUCUGUCCCUUUAACAAAGUCAGUAAUUUGAGAUUGAGUACAGAAAGAACUAUUUGGAAAAAAAUAAAAUUAUUGCUUAACUAAAUUUUUCUGUUAACUCAUUCGAAGACUAUGAUAUGUGUACAAUCAGGAAAAAUCAAUUUACCUACAAAUAUAAUCAAACAGUAAGUGAUAAAUAGAAAAAGGGAGUUUUCAGAAAUAUAACUCAUUAAAAUGGUGUAUUAUGAAUUUAAGUACUGAUCUGUUGUUUAUGUUAUAGUGCCUGCAGUAAGCAAUGUUCUUAUGGUGAGCUAUCCUUUCACAUGGCCUUCGUUCACAGAUAAAACUUUUCAAUUGUCAAAAAAAAUAAGGAAAGAAAAUUUGAAAGAUGAAUUUGUCUUGCAUGGUUUCAUUACAACAGUUCUUAAAGGGACAGGUGCGCCGUUGUUUUUGACCAAUCAUACUUUAGUCUCAAAGACGGGAAUUUUUGAUAUCAGUGAUAGUGUUCACAGCUUACCGUGAAAAUUUGAGCCUUCAAAUCCAUGUGUGUCCAGAAUUAUCUGCAAUUGAAUGUUAAAAUGAGGAAUAUCAUUUUAAGAUACUCUGUGAUAUAUAGAAAAGACAUAUAUAGAAGUAGUGAGUAAAAUUCCUACUUGAUAUGUUUUUAAAGGAAUUAUGCGAUUUUCGUACAUUUCUAGUAUUUCUGAAGACUCAAAUCAACCCCCAAAUGGCACACCUACCCCUUUAAUAACAUAGUCAGGUAAAGAUGUUUUUGAAAAUCCAUACAAGAUUCGAAACCUAAACACAAGCUUGAUAGUUCUGGGUCUUCAUCAAAAAUGUUAAGGUCAUCAGUCUACAUAAAAUUAGACCAAACUUUCAUUCCGUUACUUAUUUAUCAAAAUUGACCUUUUGACCUAAUCUUGCCUAACCAAUCUAAUUCCUGCCAUCUCUAACGCUGGCACUUUGUGAGCGAUUAAAGCAGAUGUCAUCAGAUUAGGUUACAAGGUAAUUUUGACGAAUGUUCAUAAAAGCCCGUCUUCGGACCUUAACUGAAGUGGCUAUAUUAAAAAUAAAAGCUAUUAAAAACAGAAAAGUUUGGUCUAAUUUUAUACUGAUACUUUUAGAUUAGUUAAAUAGUAAGAUAUCAUAAUUACAAAAUACAAAUACAGAAACCUUGACUUGAGUUUUAAAUGUUUGCCUAAAAAAAAUCAAAUUCAAUAUUGUAUCUCAUGACCAUUCUGUGUAAAAACAGAAAUAUUGUAUGUAACAUUCAAAUUAUGUAGUGCUAAUAGAAAAUUGUAUUCAAAGAC